AUGAACCAAGGCCGGGGACCAGCCAUUAACAAUUGCAGAGCAAGAGAUUCAUCUAKAGAAUGCUGUUGCAUUAUUUGUUAUGAUAAAUGUGUUUGUGUCAAGUUUUUACCGUGUAAACAUAAAUUUUGCUCGUCGUGCGUUGUAAAAAUGACCAAACAAAAUAUAAAUAACUGUCCUAUUUGUCGUCGACAAGUAAAUAAGAUAUCACAUAUAGAUCUAAUAUCGACUGAUUAA